AAGGAAGCUGAGCUGCAACGAGCGAGCGAUACGUGUUAGCCGUGAUUUACUAGUGAUCGUGAUAUAUAGUGUGUGCUGUGCUAGACCCCAGGAGUUAGCCAAUAAAGAUAAAGUACCAACGGACACGUAUUAUAAAAUCCGAACAUUGUUUAAGAACAAACGAAAAGUGUAAAUUGAACAAAAUGGAUGUGGAAGAGUUUCGCAAAUACGGCAAGGAAGUGAUUGAUUAUAUUUGCCAAUAUGGCACCAAUAUAGAAGAGCGUGAUGUGGCGCCUACCUUGGAUCCGGGUUACCUCAAAAAACUGCUACCAGCCGAUGCUCCCCAGUCCCCGGAGUCAUUCAAGGACGUGCUCGAGGACUUCGAGCAGAAAAUCAUGCCGGGGGUGGUGCACUGGAACCACCCCAAGUUCUUUGCCUACUUCCCAUCGGGCAACUCCUUUCCCUCGGUCCUGGGUGAUAUGCUGAGCAGUGCUAUUGGAUCCAUUGGCUUUAGCUGGGCCAGUUGUCCGGCAGCUGCCGAGCUUGAGACGAUCGUGAUGAACUGGUACGCCAAGGCCCUUGGCCUGCCCAAGGCCUUUGUUUCGGAUGCGCCAGGCAGCACGGGCGGAGGUGCACUACAAGGAUCUGCCUCUGAAUGUGUGCUCGUCUCACUAAUCACAGCCCGUGCCCGGGCCAUCAGUGAACUGAAAGGACAGACCACUGUCCACGACAGCGUCUUCCUGCCCAGCCUGAUCGCAUAUGCCAGUCGUGAGGCACACUCCUCCGUUGAAAAGGCCACAAAAAUGGCAUUAGUAAAGCUCCGGAUCAUCGAUGCCGACGAGCACGGACGUAUGCGCGUCGAUCUGCUGCGCCAAGCCAUUCAAAACGACGUGAACGCCGGAUUAACGCCCUUCUUCGUAGUGGCCACAGUAGGGACCACAGGCGGCUGCGCCUUCGAUGAUAUCACGGAGAUUGGCAAGGUUUGCCGCCAGGUGUCUAGCAUUUGGCUGCACGUGGAUGGCGCCUACGCAGGCAAUUCCUUUAUUUUACCCGAAAUGCGGGUAUUCUCUGCCGGCCUGGAGUACGCCGACUCCUUCAACACAAAUCCAAACAAGCUGUUGUUGACGAACUUCGAUGCCUCCGCACUGUGGGUGCGGGAUGUGAUGAACCUGAAGAGCGCUCUUAACGUCAAUCCUUUGUACCUACGCCACGAACACUUGAGCGGAGUGGAUUACCGCCACUACGGAAUCCCUCUGAGUCGCCGUUUCCGGGCGCUUAAACUCUGGUUCGUCUUCCGAACAUACGGCAUUAGAGGCCUGCAGGAGUACAUCCGCAAUCACAUGGCACUGGCCAAGAAGUUUGAGAUGCUUGUACGCAAGGAUGAGCGAUUCGAGGUCCGGAACGAUGUCCACCUCGGCCUGGUCUGCUUCAGAAUGCGAACUGGCGAUGAGCCCAACCACAUGCUGCUGGCCCAGAUCAACCACUCGGGUAAGAUGCACAUGACGCCGGCCAAAUUCAACGGCCGCUACGUAAUUCGCUUCUGCGUUACCUACGAACACGCCUCCGAGAAGGACAUCCUAGAUGCUUGGAGUCAGAUAAAAUGCUUUGCAGAGGAAAUAUUGCGUGACCACCAGUUGGAAUCCAGCUCCGUACCAACCACGCCGGAAGGCUCAGAACGCACCAGUUCGGAGCCAGUGGCACCAGUGGCCGGCAAGCCUCCCAUCAAGAAGAAGCUUACCAGGACCAAAUCUUUACGCUUCUCCUUCACGCGCAGCAUUUCGAGGGAGCAGUACCAGAACCAGAGUGAACACCUCAUGGACGGGUGUACACCCAUUCUGGUCGUGGAUCCCAAAACUCUGCAGGAGAACUUCCAAAAAGCAGCGGACGACAAUGAUAAGAACAACAGCAAUGGCAACAGCAACAAGAACGGCAACACAAAACUCAAAGAUAUCUCUGACGUGGACACGGACGAGGCGAGUAACUGAGCGCCGGGCCGAUGGAAUUUUCGGAAUUUACCUCCACUUAGUAUUAAUUGUCGAGCUGAAAUGAGGCACGUACGUCUACCGACUAACAUUGCUCAGUUUGAAUUUAAGUACAUUUAUUUAUGUAUUUAGGGCCUAAGUUGUUGCUGAAUAUCAUGUAAUUUAAGCAUAGACUCAUUUGUAAUUGAUAAUAUUGUGUAUCCACCGUAAGUUACUAUCAUGAACAAAAGCACUUAUUUAUAAACAUUAUCUUGGCAUUUGUUAUGCACAUUUAAAAAAAUAUUGCAACCAAA